AUGCUGAGGGUUGAACGCGCUGAUAUCUGCACGUCGACUUUUGACACGCCGUCUCAGAUGGAAGGAGAGGACACCAGCUUCCGACCCAGUAUGCUCUACAGCGUCCUACCUACCGUCGUAUCGAACCAUCUUCCGACGAUACCUUCUCUCCGACAAUCCCUUAACGACGUACGAAACCGCGGAACACAUAGUAAAUCAGCCUCAGUCGACGAACUACCACAGCCCGAGACUCCUCCGCCAGGCUAUUCGUCGAUACCCCCCAGUGGCUCUGUCACACCACAUAGAUUGUCAGUUGCGUUGGGCGAGGCAGACGUCGAGUUCGUGGAAGACGGACUGGACAGACCUGGCUCUUCAGGAAGCGCAUUUCCACAGCCACAUGGUGCUCACGAGGGCGCCUGUGGCAUCAGAUGGAAGUAUGCUACUUUGGGUAUGAAUGUCGCUCGCGAAUGGCUGCCAGCGAAGCUCACCCCAGAAGAAACGUUGAGCAUACAGGCGGCUCUUCCACAAGACGUAGUCGACAAAACAAACGACGCGAACACGCACGCGUUACUUCCAGUCUCGCAACGCAGCUCUAGCGCUCAAAGAGAGCCUCCACGAGACCCCACGAUCUUGCACCGCCUGACCGCCUCCCUCGUCCUCCAGUCCUUCAUCCUCAUGCAGUUCCUUCUACCAUACAUCAAGCUAUUCCUAUCAUACACCUACCAGUUCGAGAGGAAGCAUCAGAUCACAAAACGGCUCGUCAAUACAGGCGUCGCGACUGUCGAUGAUAUCGGACGGAAGACGCUGCGGCUAUCGCAAACUGUGUGCCAGAUGAAUGAUGGCAUGGUAGGGCAGGCGAUCAACGAGAUGACCAUUUGGUGGGUUCGAGGCGUCACCGGAGGCGUUCAACAGGGUCUCGCGGAAGGAUUACAAGCUAUGAGAAUAGCGGAGAGCCAGCGGGGUGAGGAGAGUAUGGGGCGGAUCAACUGA